UCAAAAGAAUAUCCCUUCGCUCCCACUCUCCGGACUUGACCUACUCCACCACGACCCUAUUUGAAAUAGAGUUCAACAAAAAAGAAACACUCCAACUCUCGCUUUGCCAACGAAGUGAAAUUCAAAAGACAAAAAAAAAUGUUCUCGACAAUACCGUUCGCAUUGGCCCUGUCGUCCUUCCUCACAGCGACACAUGCCGCCCCCGCGCGCACUCACUGCCGCUGCACCAUCAUCUCCCCAAGUCCCCUCCUCACCCAGCAAGAGACGGAUCUCCUCUCCACCACCUCCGCCGGCUCCGCCGACCUCUGCACGAACCUUGGCUGGGAGCUCGAGUACCUGCGAUCCGAGGACCCCGAUCUCUACAGCAGCUACAUCAACCCCGGAAACCCAGAGGUCGCCCCGACCGCCACCGAAGAUGUUGUCAACGGUCCCAUGCCGACCACCAUUCUGAUGGAGCUCGCCGCCCGGUACGGCGACCUGAAUUUCUUGGGAGUCGAGUUCAGCGGAGGGAAGUCAUCCAAGUCGCCCAGCAGGAGUAAUGGUGGUAAUGAGAGGAUCGUGUGCCAUGGCGAACCGCGCUUUUCGUCUGCGUACAAGGCCUCAGCAUUGGGUCUUUGGGUGCUGCAUGCGAUUGUGGCAUGCGCAGUGUUGGCAUGUCUGUACGAGGCGUCUGCCCUUGCAUUCACCUGGUACACUCGAAAGCAGCAGCAGGGCCAGCGCCUCCAACUUUCCGGCGACGAGAAAUCACUCAAGGCGCAUUCCAUUGCCGACGUGCUGAAAGAUUCUGCUUAUCUGGACGAGAAGAGGUGGACCGGCGACGCCCAUGUCGUGCAAAUCCGCGCCGAAGGUUGCGAGGAAGACAACGACGACGAGAUGGACAGACCCGUCUUGUGAUCUGGUCUACCCUCUCCCUUUUGUCUUUAUCAAUUCGUCUCGUCCCCACCUCUCUUGUCUAAUCAUCUGCAUCAAAGCGCUCUGGAGUUCUGUAACGACCCUUGGUUUCCAUCUCCCGCUUUACCACCUUGCAUAUACAUACCUCUUUCUUUUUCUCUCUUCCUGCUACUUGUUUGAUACCACGGAUUUCCCGUUUUUAUUCAUUAUUCGCGACUCGAAGGCGCCGUCGCCAUCGACUGAAGCAAUCACGAAGGAUAGGACACCAUC